AUGAGUUUAUCUCAGCGUCUUUUAGUCGCUGAUUCCCACAGGCAAACGCGCGAGGAAGCCGCUGGUCGCAUCGAAGCCAGUGGUGACAGUGGCACGAGCGGUAGUAGGAACAGAGGGGAGGACCGAAGUGAUGCCUCGAUAGGUUCUGAGCGGAGUGGUUCUGAAGCAUCGAGUCGAGCUCCAAGACCUUCGAGACGAGUUCAUCGGAGGGUUUGCUUCGACCAGAUAGGUUGCCAUCCCACGAUAUAUCAUCCCGGCCGGAUCUUUGAGGAACUUUCCCCGCUUCCGCCUGACUUGUUGCGUGACCCGCGGGCUCAGUCGUGGGGGAACGUGUUCUGUUCUUGCUCCUCUCAUAAGACUGUGAAGGAUUUGCAAAGGGAGAAUGGUGGCGCCGGCGUUACAUACAUCAUCCCGUCUACCGAGCAACGGCCUUGGUCGCCUCCAUUGGUGACGUCGUACACGUUUCGUCGGGACAUCGCAGUCUCUCAGCUGUUGAACUGGUCGUUGCGUAUAGCCGUUAUGUUGAUGGUUAUGGCGGCGGAGAUAGAUAUCUCGAUGAGUGUGAGAGUGUUCGAGGAGUUGACUUUCACGAAGGCUGAGCCGAACAUGAUUUUCUCGGUGAAGAUGCAUGCGAACUACAACGUCUUGACCGGUCAUCAGAUUAGGACGCAAGAUUGGCAACAUUCGUAUUUUUAUAUCAAGUCAGACGAGCAUGCUUUCAAAGAACCACUGGGGGACGACUACCGCGUUCUAUGGAAUAAAGAACUUGUUCCCCAUUUGAAUACGAUCGCAUAUCCAGAGAAAUUCUUUGAAAGCGCGCAGGCGAUCGCAACGCAUAGCCACCUCCGUUGGCCGGACCUUAGUCGAGAGUGGAUACGUCGUCAACAAGCCAGAACUGCCAGAGGUGGUGGAGCUUCCGAAGAGAGAGCAUCCAGUUUAGUCGACGAGGGCGUUGGGGCAGAGCCUUCUGCUUUGAGUCCCAGAAAGAAGAAGAAGAGCAAGAAACUAAAGAGGAAAGCAACUGAUGCGGCUCCUCUCGAAAUUGCCGCUUCUCUCGAUGAAGCUUCUGAGGGUUUGGAGGCGAGGAAGAAAAAGGGAGGAAGGAAGAGGCCUCGCGAAGGGGCUACUUCCUCUAUCGAUCAAGACGAGGCGCCAGCAGGAGGACGAGAAGGCGCUGCAGAGGAUCUCGUCGAGACAGACCCGGCCGAGGCGGUGCCUGAGGAUCGUCCAAAAAAAACGUAG